AUGCAUUCCCAUAAAUGUGGUGCAAGGAUAACUGAUUACUCUGGAGUCUGCCCAGAGGUCGACUCGCUCAUUCAGCAGCUGGAAACUGGCAAAGGGGAGUUUUUCGAGUAUGUGGACGAUGCGACGCACGAGGUCGGCUGCGUCAUGUGCAAGCUGAGCCUGCAUGACACCGCCCUCUUCGAAGGCCGCCAUGAAGUGAAGGUCUUGCCUUGCUUCCACAGCGUCUGCGCUUCGUGCCUGCAAACACUGGUGGCCAACAGCAAGGGGGAUGCUUUCGACUGUCCUCAGUGCGGCCGCCGGACCCAGAAAAUGCAAGCUCUUCAUCAGUAUCUUCCGAACUUCGACUUGCUCCAUGCCAUCGACAGCCAGAAGGUCGCACAAAGCGACUUCCUCUGCGAAGAGUGCAUCACGGGCUAUCGCGCCGAGUUCUACUGCGAGGACUGCAUCAUGAACCUUUGCGAGAGCUGUACCACGCAGCAUCGCCGAGCCAGAGCAUCGACGAACCAUGUCCUGGUCAAGCUGGUGGAAAGCAGGGGCGAGAGCAAGGUCCUACCAGAUCAGGUUCGGAACAUGCACCGAGCACAGUACUGUGCCAUCCACCGCACCAGCCGGUAUGACUUGUACUGCGAAGACUGCGAAAUGUUGAUCUGCCCAGAGUGUGCGCGGACCGACCAUCAGCAGCACAGGUACAAGCUGCCGUCUGCUGCAUUGUUCGAGGAGCACCGGCAGCGUGUGAAGGACAUCAUCGAAAUGAUGUGCAACCAGCUUCUGGACGAUCAAGCGAUGCUCAAGGUCUUGAACCAGAGCUUCGAGUCGUCGGAGCUUGCGUGCAUGCAGGCCCAGUCCAACAUCGAAAGGGCCUUCGAUGAACUUGAGGUUGCGGCAGAGGCCCGGAGUACCGAGCUCGUGCAGCAGCUGCAGGAGACGAGCCUGGAACGCAUGCGCACACUGGAGGAGGAAAAGGCUCGUUGUUCGACGGCGAUGGCAGACAUCGCGCGGAUUGUGGACUUUGUGGAGAAGGUGGGCGCUUUCACCAUGCGAAAGUGCUUUGCUGGGCAUGGCACCGACGUAGAGGUGCUCCUGGCAAAGAGCCACCUCUCCCGGGAGCAAGUCAUCACCCAGAAGGUACAGGAGUGGCGGAGGCUCUGCCAAGAUCCACCGCCGGGCUUCGAGAACAGCCCCGUCGUGGCUGGCUGGUCUUCCAGCGACGAGGCUGAUGCGAUGCUUCGAUCUUUGGCGUCCUUUGGCUCCCUGGUCGUGUCUCCGUUCGCGUUGGAGCCUGGCUACACCGGGGGGCCGCUGAAGAUCACAGACGGGAAGAAGUGGGCCGAUCUUUUCGAGGAAGCCGAGGAGACGCCGCUGACCAUCACGAAUCUCAAGGAGCCUUCAGAGACGGAAGGGGCAAAGGAACAGCAGCCGGAGAUAUCUCUGGAGCACUCUGAGGUGGAAGCUGACACCGAUGCCGAUGCCGUGCCAGCCCGGCGUCGGCGGCGCCGAGGGCGGCGGCGGAAGCCAAGCCCCAAUACAAAACGGACUCCCUCCAACGAGCCGGCUUGGGUCGAAAGCAGCAAGCCAACGGAAGCGGAGACCACGCGAGCCCGUGCAGACAUUGAGAUGGAGCCGCAAAAGGUGACCUUCGAAGAGGCCUCGGAUGACCAGGCGGACGAGCCGGCCGAACCGCGACGCCGUCGCCGGAGGCGGCCUCGGGGGCGAGGCGGCAAAGCCAAGCCCGAGGAUGCAGCGCCUGAGAUCGCAUAG